AUGUCAACAAGUGAUGAAGAACAAGUACCACAAGCUAUUUUAAAACAUGCUGAUUCACAAUCAUCAGAGACAGUAGCAAAGCCAUCGACUAAAACAAUGCAACAACUAUUAAAUGAAAUUGAUCAAGUUAAAAUCGAUGCAAAAGAGAGUAUAAAAACAUUAGAAAAAGUUGAUACUAGGCCAAAGAAAGCGAUUGCUAAUCGUGAUCGUUUAAUAGAAGGUCAAAGAUCAAUAAAAACUCUAACAGAACGUAUAAACGAUCUUGAACAACAAAUGAAUACUAUGACAAAAGAAUCAAAUCCAAAUUGGUCAAUAAAACAAUUUGAUAAAUCAAAACAAAAUGCCUUAAAAACUUUAUCCGAUCUUUCAAAUAAACUAAAACAAGUUGAUCAACAUCUUGAAAAAGCAACUGAAACAAUGUCUGGCAAUACUCAACCUUUAAGUGCUUCAACUGUAUCGACUCAAAAUGAAAAUUCAAAAGGAUUUGGAGCACUUUUUAGUAAAUUUUCAUUCGGGAAAACAAAGAAAACACCAUCAUCGACGACAGCUGCACAAAAACCAUCAUCAUCAUCAUCAUCAUCAUCAUCGGAAUCCACUGAUGAAACAAUGAGUAGUGACGAAAAAAGUGAAGAGAAUGAUGAUGACGACGAUAAUAAUGCGACAAAUAGAAAACAAAAAUCAUCAAGUACAUCUCAAUCAACAAGUAGCACAGAAAAUUCUAGUGAUGAAAUUGAAGAUGAUGUAAACGGCAAUCGUCAAAUAUCAAAUGAAAUUCAAAGUAAAAAAAUACAAGAUAAUAAUUCAAAACAUUCCGACAACGGUGAAAGUUCAUCGCAAACAUCAGCAUCAUCACGUACGAAUAAAACACCAUCAAUAAUCAAAGUUCCAUCAACACGAUCAUCACCAGCAGUAUUUAGAAAAACUACUGUUACAUCAACUUCAACUCAAUUAUCUCAUAAAAGAACAUCAAGCCCACAAAGACAGACAGUAAAAAAUAAUCAUGAAAGUGGAGAUGAUUCAUAUUUCGAAGAAGAAACACUUGAAAAUGAACUUAAACAAUUUCGCGAAAGUAGCGAAGAAGAAGAACCUAGUCAUGAAGAUAAAUCAACUAUAGUUCAUGCACGUGUACAAGAACUUCGAAUGAGAACAUAUCCACCAGGUACACAAUUUCGUGUUAUAAAUAAUUUAAUCGGUCUUCAAACUGGUGAUUUAACAAUACAUAAAGAUGAAAUAUUGAUACUUGUUGAACAAAGACCUGACAAUUGGUGGUUAUUUAAAAAUCCUCAAACUCAAGAACAAGGUAUGGUGCCUAUUAAUCAUAUUCAACUUCAAUCUCGAAUAUCCGAUAAAAGAUUACGACGUCGAAUAAAACCAGUUACAUCGCCAUCAACAGUUGUUGAUGCACUUAAAACAAAAAAUGAUAUACCAUCAGGUUUUAUAGUAUCAGAUUUAUCACCAUUAACUCAAUAUAAUCAAUAUAAAUUAUCACAUACUCUUAUACCGAAAAUGACUGAAUCGAAUUUUACUUUUACUGAUCUUCAUUGGCGAUAUGACAUAGAUCAAAUAUGUCUUGAACAAGUUAAAUAUCAAAAACUUUUAAGAAUUCAAAAAUGUUCAAAAAUACCAAAAAUUCAAAGUCAAAAAGUUGAUGUGCUUUGCCGUUGUAUUCGUAUAUGUUUAUACGAUGGCUUUAAAAUAAUUUCUAAUAUUCAUGCAAUUCGAGCACACAUAUCAAAUAAAGUCAAUGAACGUGAUUUAACUGAAGAUUGGUAUUUUGCAGUCAGUGAUGACAAUACAUUUAUUGAUGAACAAGCUAAAUUACUUAUACGUUCAAAUGAAUUUGAUCCAUCCAAACAUAUACAUUUACUUAUUGAAUUAUCCCAAUUAUGUCAAUUAAAAGAAUAUAAUGAAAAAUGUGAAAUUGGUUGUGGUUGGAUAAUGAUACCAUUUGAUGAUAAUCAAUUUUCAGUUAUGAGUGAAAGAAAAAAUUAUAAUGAACUUUUACAUGGUGGACAUUUUCAUGAAUUAAAUAUUCUUCUUGAUUCACAAUAUAAAAAUUUUCCUACAGAUGGUUUAUCAGGAAGAUUUAAUCGUAAUAAACAAGCACAUAUUCGAUUUUCAUUAGAAUCCCGUGAAAAACAUAUUGAUUUACUUUAUGAUAAUUUACCUGUUACAUCUAUGAUUGUACCAAUAAAUUUAAUACAAAUACUUUUUUUUUAUCGUAAUGAACUUGCUUAUCAAUUACAAAAAUGUUAUCAUUCAUAUAAUUUAUCAACUAUGCCACUUGAUUCAAUAUUUCUUAGCACAUUUUAUCAAACACUUGAACAACCUGAUCUUAUCUAUGUAUUAAAUAAAUUAUAUAAUCGAUCUAAAGAAUUAAAUUAUCGACAACAAAGAGAAGAAUUUAUAAAAAUCUAUGAAUUAUGUAUUUAUCCACUUUUAUGUUAUCGUCAAUUACCGCCGUAUGAUUUUCAAAAUGAAUCAAUGCUGAAUGAACGAAGAAAAUUAAUUAAAAUAAUGAUUAAUAAACAAUUAUCAAAGAAGAAAAAAAAUCAACCUGAUAUUCUUGCAAUAUUACUUGACCCUAAUUUAACAGAUCAAUGGACACCUUUUACAACAGAUGAAAUUUGUUUUUCAUUACAAAAAUAUAUAUAUAAUUUUACAUCUUAA